AUUCCUUAUAUGUCGUCUUUAGAUUUUUAAAUAAAAUACAUGAACACAGAGAAGUAUAAUUGAUGUCUACGACCUGUUAUAAUACCAGGGAGAAGUAAAAUUGUUAACAUACAACCUACACAAAUCAUAGCAAAAGGAUAUGGCAAAGCAAAUAAAGUAUCUUGCGCUUUAUUUGUUAGUAGUCUGGCCAUUUCUUUGUAAUAAAUCCGGAGGAACAUAUCUCAAUAUUCCAGGAGAUUUUAUUCUUGGGGGACUUUUAUCCGUUCAUUUUCCAAACGACGAUAGAUGUGAUAGAAAAAUUGACCGCAAUGGACUUCAACUCGUGGAUGCCACGAUAUUUGCUGUCUCGGAAGUCAAUUUUUACUUGAAAGAGAAGGGAAUAACUCUUGGUUUGAUAGCAUAUGAUACUUGCUACAACAUUAACCCGUCUUUAGAAUACUCAUUAGAAUUUGCUCAGCAAAGUUUCUACACAAAACACGAGGAGACUGGAAACAAUAAUUGUACGACAGAGACAUCCAGGCGGGUGAUAGGAGUAAUUGGUCCAGCUACUAGUAGAGAGACACGAUACGUGGCUAGUCUGCUUGCUCUCUUCAAAAUACCACAGAUUAGUGGCACGGCUACUUCUUCGGCCCUCAAUGACCGACAAAAGUACAAGUAUUUCAAGAGAACAGUACCAUCCGAUACGUACCAGGCCAAGGGAAUUGUUAAACUUCUCAGAGCAAAUGGAUGGGAGUAUGUGAGUGUUCUAUACGAAGAUUCCAGCUAUGGUAGAUAUGGAUUCAAUGAUAUCAAAAGAUUUGCACAAAUAGAUAAAAUAUGUAUUGGAUAUGAGAAACAAACCUCGGAUGGAAUGACAGAUUUAGAGAUCAAUGAAGUUAUAACACAUCUAAGAUCAAGAAGGAAUGCGAAAGGGAAAAUUGUAGUAGUUCUGUUUAUGCUGCAUCAAAAUGCAUACAGAAUAAUCCGCCAAACUCAUGACAUGCGCAUUGAAGGCUUUAUCUGGAUCGGAAGUGAUGGAUUAACAGGGCUUGAUCCUCCAGUUGACCUAGAAAAUAUAAUGGAAGGAGCUAUAGGAUUAUCCCUAGGGACUUCGGAAUACCCAGGUUAUUUCCAAUACGUCAAUAACCAGAGUACAGAAACAAAUCCAAAUCCAUGGUAUUCAGAAUUCUUACUUCAAUUUUACCCAAACUGCACAGAGGGAAACUGUGGGAAAAUUAAUAACACUGGUGUCCCGUAUAUCAUCAGCGUCCGGGAUGCUGUUUACACAUUUGGCAAUGCCAUUCUAAACAUUCAUUCAGAUAUGUGUCAAAAUGAAACUGGUGUAUGUGAAGAAGUCAAAGAAAAAUUAACAGGAGAUAUAUUGUUAGAAUACCUCGAGAAAAGCAAAAAUCCUUUUAAUACUUCAUUCCAUUUCGUUGAUGACGUGGAGGGACCGGCUAAAUACAGUAUCCUACAAUACUCAAGGAAAGGAAACAGCUUUCAAUGGAAUGAAAUAGGAAAAUUUGUGGGAGAAGAAUUGAUACUGGACGCUCUUCAGUCGCAAAUGACGUCGGCGUGUUCUGUGGAAUGUCGCCUAGGCUACAUUAAAAAGAUAAAAGAUAUCUGCUGUUGGGACUGUACACCUUGUCCUGCAGGAUCCAUCACUAAUUCCUCUGACCCGUACAGCUGUACAGAAUGCUUACACGGAUAUACAUCGAAUUCAGACAGGAAUCAAUGCAUUCAGAUUCCAAUUUCUUAUUUUUCCUAUGGCAAUCUCUUUUCUGUUGUUGUUCUCAUAUUGUGUGUUUUGGGCUCUGGUUUAUGCAUAAUUGUUUUCGUUGUAUUCGUGAAGAAAAGACAUACUCCUCUUUUAAAAGCCACUGGGUUUGAAACCAGCAUGGUAUUGCUUUCCAGUGUCCUUCUGUCAUACAUAUCACCAUUUAUUUUACUACAUUAUCCUUCACCUCUUUCCUGCGCACUAUCUAGAUUAUUGAUCGGCAUGAGUUAUACAAUGGCUUACUCUUCCGUUCUAUCUAAGCUUAUUGUUUAUAAGAGAGCGUUUGAUGUGAAAUCUGGAAUGAAGCAAAAGGCAGCAAAAGGACAACACUUACCAAGACCUUACAUGUGUACGAUGAUGACUGCUUUGUUUCUUUCCCUUGGUCUAUCAGCUAUGCAGCUUCUUGCGGUAAUAUUCUGGCAAAUAAGUGAUACUCCAGAACAUACGAUAACGUACGAUCUUACAUCAUAUCCUCCGUCAGGUCACCGAAUGUGUAAAGAUUCUAACAAUUUCAAUUAUUUUGUUCUUCUUUUCUGGCCUUUUAUGCUCAUGAUUGCAUGCCUUGUCCUCGCAAUCAAAACAAGAAAACUCCCUAACGGUAUGAACGACUCACGUGAAAUCAUGUACUGCUCAUUCACUUCCUUUAUCAUCUGGUUGGCGUUUGUACCUCUGUAUGCUUUCUCAACAACUAUUGCUGCACGAGUUAUCUCUCUUUGUGUUUCAUUGUUCAUUCAUGCAACCGUUUUUCUCAGUUGUCUUUUUCUGACGAAGAUUUACAUUGUGGUCUUUAGACCGGAGAAAAACAACAAAGAACGCGUAAUGAGAAGCACAACUGCCAAGAAAAAUCAUAACACAUCUAGCGGUACUUCAGCCAUCACUCCUAGCAAAACUCAGACCACAUCUAGCGGUGCCCAUCAAAGCAAUGAUUUACAAACUACAAGCAAAGAGCAAGUCUUACACAUUUCGUACAAUUCCAUCAUAGAAAAUUCCAAAAUGGAGUCAGAAGUUAUCCUCCAGAAGAUAAAAUAUGGAAAUCCACCUUAAGCAGAAAAGGAUUUAAUGCAGGAGUAGUUUUACUGAGAUUAAUUAAGUAAACAAGAGGCCUUUCUACAACUUCUCUGCAUAAUUUACUAUAUACAAGUAUAUAAAGCAAAUAAAACAACUCCAGAUAAACUAACAUUGAAUAUGUAAAUUUGUUGAUAAAAUAGAUAUAAUUGAUAUAAAGGGUCCUAUUACUCAAAUUGUAAAGAAUUAAUUAUCAUAACCAGAUUAACAAUUAUUAGAAAAUACAUGUAAUAAACUUUUCAAACUAAAUUGAGAACCAAUGCAAUAUAUGUAAAUGUUUUUGAAUACCUAUUAUAUUUUGAAACCCCAAAAUGAAAUGUUCUACAUGUAUAUACUUUCAAAAUGUUCUAAAGUGCUUGAUUGUGACUCGAUAUUCACGUAUAUCACAAGUGGAGGAGGGAGAGAGUGUGUGUGUGUGUGUGUGUGUGUGUGUGUGUGUGUGUAUAUAUAAAUCUGAAAGUCUUUACUAUACCAUUGAAAACUAAAAAUCCCUUAGGCUGUAUCCUUUAAUUGG